CUGCAGAAACGUUUGUUUUUAAAUUUAUAUCAACGCUACAAGCUACUAUUGCUACAAACUAAUUUCUUAUUGCAAUUAUGUUAUAAAUAUUGACUAUUAUGGCAAACUUCAAACAACAAAGAGAAAUUGAAAACAAAAUACAUGAACAGUUAUACGAAAGCCUGUUUCUGCUCUCCCAGUUCUAUCCAACAUCUAAGGAAUUCAAUACCGUUUUCAAGAAAGAUAUGUUCGUUAAAAACAACAAAGCUGCAUUCUUUGAAGUGGCCUACUAUUUGUUGAAUACGUUAAACCCGGAGCUUACGAAAGAAAAGCUGAUGUCUUGGCCACCAUAUGAUAUCAAAAGAGAAAAUAAGUUUCGUAUAGAAGUGCUGAAUUACAUAAACGAACUUAACGUACUGUAUGAUAAUGCUGAUAUUCCACACAUAAUGUCUUCUCAUUUGAUAUCUCCAGGCGGUAUAAAGUUUACAAAGUUUAUACUGAAGUUAUCGCAGUUAGUGAUGUACGAACAUCUUAAUAGGACCCAGGUAGCAGACAUCUUGUACUGCCCAAAACCUUCAAAAAAUGUUAGUUUAACUAAAGUGAAUUUGAACAACCUGAAGAAGAAGACUGCUUUAAUUGAGAAAGAAACGAGUGAAAUGAUAAAAAAUUUCCAAAGUUUCCAUUUCGAUUCAAAUGAAAAAGCUCUUGUAAUAGAUAGUGAGUUGAACAAAUUAAACGAUAGUAUCCGCUUAGCGAAGAAAGAAAACGAAGAAGUAAGAGAAGAGUUUAAUAAAAAUCAUCCAUAUUAUCCACCGAUGCCUGAACUUGAAGAAAAAAUAACCUCGUUAAAGUGUCAGUAUGAGGGCUUUCAGGAGGUUCAUAAAUUAUUUAAAGAUUGUGAAAGUCUUCUGUCAUAUUUAAAAGGUAAUGAUUUAGUACUGGAGUAUUCUAAGGAAAAGGAAAAACUUCCUAAAGAAGUUCUUCACGUUGAGGAGAAUAGGGAGGAGUUGGAUCUGAUUCAAUUCUUCCACAGGCUAAAUGUUUUGUUGGAGAAAAAGGCUUUGGAAUUUCCAUACCCGACAAGUUCAUUCAUUAGUGAAAAUACACAGAAAAUCGAGGAGUUAUGCGUGCAACAUACCGAAGUUAAAAACGUUUUGUCUCAGAAUAUGAAGGAACUGCAAAGUGUGUUGGAAAAAAUCUCACGAGAAAUUAAAGCUGUUGUCGAGGUAACCAACGCUAAUGAAACGGAAGAAGUUUUGGCGGUUCCCUUAAGUGAUUCCUUAAAAUCAAAAUAAUGCUUUCCCUUUACCCUAACUAUAGGAUUAUUGUGAUACAUUAGGACUUAGGUGAUUUAGAUAUAGAU